AAAAAAAACAAAAACUUCAAGAAGAAACAAGAAACAUAAAUUGAAAUGUGAACGCAUGAACAAGAACUCUUUAAUCUUCUUUUUCCUCAGUUUCUUCUUAUGGGAUCAACAAAAACUUGUCUUCCCUCUUUCUUGAUUUCUCAAAGAUCUGUUUUUUUUCUUCUUCAUAUUUGUAAAUUUUCAUUUUUUCCGUUUAAAAAUUGGAUCUUUUUUCUUCAGCUAAAACCCUGAAGAUUCUUGGGAAGAUCUUCUUAAAGGUCUGAUCUUUGGGUGUUUCUUGGAGCAGGACCAAAUGAGUGCGUCGAUAUUACUGUGUGACGGCUUCGAUGUGCGUCGAAUUCUAACCGGGAAAUUAAACGGUGAUGAAUCAUCGACGGUGACCACCGAGGAAGACGACGAAGCUGUGUUUUCCGGUGAAGAGUGGUGUGGAGAGAGUUCUUACUGUUUUUACUUCGUUAAGCAAUUCGCUUACGAUGACCCUGAGAUUAAAGCCAAGAUUGAUGAAGCUGAUCAUGAGGUUUAUCAUUGUAACACUGACCGGAUUCACAUUGCUAACAGAUUGAAAUCCAAAAGGGCUGCGAGAUUGUCUCUGGUUGCCUCAAUGGAGACUUUGAUGAGUAUGAAAAUAAAUGAAGUAGAGAAGGAACAAGAAGUAGUUAGAGGGAGGAUUUACAGGUUAGGUGAACGAUUAAGUGAGAUUAAGAUGGAAAUUGAGUUGUUGGAUGUUCAAAUGGCUUGUGUACUUAAUCAAAGAGAUAAAGCUGUUGAAAGGAUUAAGUUCUUGAGGAUGCAACGAGAUAAAGGGAAUGCUGCAUUUUACCAGAGCCGUGUUGUUAUGAAGAAAGCUAUAGAAUUGGCUGCUUCUGGAAAUGUUAGAGAUCUUGAAGAGCUCGCUGAUUCCGAGGUUGAGAAAUUUAUGUCUCGUUGGAACAAUGACAAGGCUUUUAGGGAUAAUUACAAGAAAAGAAUCUUGCCUUCAGUUAACGAGCGAAAGCUGAGGUGCGAUGUGCAGAUUAGGGACCUAGAAGGCAAUCUAGAUACUGAGAAUGGAAAUGAAACAGUGGUGAAAAAAGCAAUAGAAUACAAGAGGUUUAGUACUGAGGAGGAGAGUGAUGAUUUUGAUAUCCCGGUGUAUGAGAAGCUUGGAAAGGAGGAAAAAGAGAUUGAUGAAGAAACGUUGAAGGAGAAGAAACGAGAAGAGCAGUUAGAGAAAGCUCGACUAGCGAUGGAAAGGAAGAGGAAACUACAUGAGAAAGCUGCUGCUAAAGCUGUCAUAAGAGUUAAGAAGGAAGCUGAGAAGAAACGUAAGGAGCUUGAUAAGAGAGCGAAGAAGAAGAAGGCUGUAUGUAAAUCUUCUUCUGUGGAUGUAGACAGAACAACAGAGACAGUCAGCGAGGCAUCAAAACCAGAAAAGGAGAAGCUAUUAAAUGGGAGAUCAGUGUUUCCAAAACAGAGAAGUUAUAAUUAUAGAUAUCACGGAAAAGGAAAUGACGCUGUCCUUAAAGCCAUCAUAAAGCGUAGAAAAGCUUAUAGGUUAUGGGUUUGGACUGUUUCCUCCGCUGCAGUUGCUCUCCCACUCGCUCUCCUCGUUGUCUUCUAUUACGUUCGAUGAGAGGAAGAAGAAACAUGAAAAGGUUUCUCUGAAUUUUGGAGUGUUUAAGUGAUGAGCAAACAGGUUCAAGGUUUAAAGUUAGUUUAGAAGCAAAUGACGUUGGCAAUAAUGUCAUAGUCAAGAUGGAGUAGACUGAACAGUCGUGUUUGGUGUCAUAUAUUUCAGAGUAGCAGAGACAUUCACCUCCAUGAUGAGAUAUGUUUGACAUUACAUAGCUGAUUCGGUUGAACAUAUGACCUGGAGAAGCUCUUGCACAAGGAUCAAGUCAACUUUGGGACCUCGAACAACUCUCCAUGGACGCAAAUGUCUUGACCAUGACUCCAAACACAGUCACUUCAUAAUUAAUAUGUUUUGAUCUCUUAGUUGAGUCUUAGGAACUAAAAAGCAUCCUCUUAGUCCUUGUGUAGUAGCUUCAGAAUGUGUGUACAUGGAAGAGAGACCUCAUGAAUUUCUUACUAUCUUUAGAUAAACACAACAACUUGUGGACUGACCAUUUAGUACAGUCAAAGUCUCUUGUCUUGAAAAUGUGAUCGGAAAACUUUGAAACACUAAUUAAUUUGUUCUCGUUUUCCU